AUGCAGAGACCAACUACUGACGGAGUUAAUAUGGGGAAAAGGACCCUGGAGGGUGGAGAAGAUGACCAGCCUGAACGAAAGAGGCCUGCUCUUGCCAGUGUAAUUGUUGAAGCUCUCAAGGUGGACAGUUUGCAGAAGCUUUGCUCAUCUUUAGAACCUAUUCUUCGUAGAGUUGUCAGUGAAGAAGUGGAGCGUGCUUUGGCAAAGUUAGGACCUGCACGACUUAGUGGAACUGGAAGGUCUUCCCCUAAAAGGAUUGAAGGUCCUGAUGGUAGAAACUUGCGGCUUCAGUUUAGGUCCCGGCUGGCUCUUCCUUUAUUCACAGGAGGAAAAGUGGAAGGCGAGCAGGGGGCUCCAGUUCAUGUUGUUCUAGUUGAUGCCAAUAGUGAUGAUGAAGAUUGGACCCAAGAAGAGUUUGAAAGCCAUGUGGUGAAAGAACGCGAAGGAAAGAGACCUUUGUUGACUGGGGACCUGCAAGUGACACUGAAGGAAGGAGUUGGAACAUUGGGGGAACUGACAUUUACAGAUAAUUCAAGCUGGAUAAGGAGCCGUAAAUUCAGGCUUGGCAUGAAGGUUGCAGCAGGUUUUGGCGAAUCUAUACGCAUUCGCGAAGCCAAGACAGUGGCUUUCAUUGUUAAAGAUCAUAGAGGCGAAUUAUACAAGAAGCAUUAUCCUCCUUCGUUUAAUGAUGAUGUAUGGAGAUUGGAGAAAAUAGGCAAGGAUGGGUCAUUUCACAAAAAGCUGAAUAAUGCAGGAAUAUUCACAGUUGAAGACUUUCUUCGACUUGUGGUUAAGGAUCAACAGAAAUUGCGGAAUAUCCUUGGGAGUGGUAUGUCAAACAAGAUGUGGGAAGCUCUCUUAGAGCAUGCAAAGACAUGUGUUCUAAGUGGGAAGCUUUAUGUUUAUUAUCCAGAGGAUACAAGAAAUGUUGGUGUUAUUUUUAACCAUGUCUAUGAGCUGCGCGGCCUUAUAACAGGAGCCCAAUUCUUCUCUGCUGAUUCUCUCAGUGAUAAUCAGAAGGUUUAUGUAGAUUCAUUGGUGAAAAAGGCAUACGACAAUUGGGAGCAGGUUGUAGAGUACGAUGGUAAAUCACUUAUAGAUGCUGAGCAAAACAAGAAUUCUGCUGUACCUGAAAAUGAACUUCAUGUUGAGCCAAUUGAUUUUGAUGGUGGUUUAGACCAUCAACUGCAAAUGCCAUCCCUCCCCAUGUCUGUUACUUCUGAACACCAGAUUAAUUCAGGGAUGCCAGUUGGAGGUUAUAUCAAUAAUAUGGUGACAAGGUAUCCAAGCCAGGCAUUGAUCGGAAGUUCCAGCUCUCGGAGUCAGUUUGAAGGCUCAUUAUAUCUGUCUAAUGAUCAAUUAAUAAACAAUGAUCACCAAUCCCUAAGCUCUAGAAAUGAUCAUAGCACAGUUGGUUUGGCUCUUGGUCCUCCUCAAUCUUCGACAUCAGGUUUCCAUGCUGGUAGCUCUUCUAUUCAACCAUCUGCACCAAAUCCUUUUGAUGAUUGGUCACACACCAGGGACAAGGGCGUUGAUGACUUCUUUUCGGAGGAUGAAAUCCGUGUUAGAAGUAAUGAGAUACUAGAGAAUGAAGACAUGCAGCACUUGCUCCGCCUUUUCAGCAUGGGUGGUCAUGCUUCCAUGAAUGCCGAUGAUGGUUAUUCCUUCCCAUCAUUCAUGCCAUCUCCUAUGCCGAACUACGAUGAGGACCGCUCUCGUCCUGGCAGAGCUGUCGUGGGAUGGCUGAAGAUCAAGGCAGCAAUGAGGUGGGGCUUCUUUAUCAGAAAGAUAGCAGCUGAGAAGCGGGCUCAGAUAGAGGAGUUAGAUGAAUAG